CGUUUAGUCCAACAUAGGAAGUGCUGUGAAUACCCGCGAUCAGGAUUAUGAUGUUUUUGUGCUUAUCGCUCUUUACUGUUAUUCUACAAACCUGUCAAUGCAAGGAAACAGCACUCUGGGACAUGAUGAAUGCAUGUCGACUGCAACAAUGGGGGCUUCGAGCUAUGGCUACUAUCGUGCAACCAUCUUCCUCUGCAUGUUCAUUGGCUACGCGCUGUACUUCUUUAACAGGAAGACCUUCUCCUUUGUCAUGCCCUCUGUGAUGGAUGAGAUUGAACUGGACAAAGAUGACCUGGGUCUGAUCACUAGCAGCCAGACCAUGGCCUAUGCCAUCAGUAAAUUCAUCAGCGGCGUGCUGUCGGACAAGAUCAGUGCCCGCUGGCUCUUCUCCAUCGGCCUCUUCUUGGUGGGGGGCAUUAACGUAGCUUUCUCCUGGUCCUCCACUGUCUUCAUGUUCUCUCUGCUUUGGUUCAUCAAUGGCCUGGGACAAGGCUGUGGCUGGCCUCCAUGUGGGAAAGUGCUGCGCAAGUGGUUUGAGCCCUCCCGGUUUGGAACAUGGUGGUCUGUGCUGUCCUGCAGUAUGAACCUAGCUGGAAGUCUGGGACCAAUCCUGGUCACAGUGCUUCUGCAGUACUACACCUGGAGGAAUAUCCUGACUAUGUCAGGCAUUAUCUGUGCUGCUUUCUCAUUUAUUUGUUUGGUGUUUGUAAAGAAUGAGCCAAAAAAUGUGGGCCUGCCUAGCAUCGAGGCAGCAGCCAACAAGGGGGCUAAGGGAGGCAACAAUGAGAGCACCCUGAGUGAGUUCAUCCUCUCUCCUUUUCUGUGGGUGCUGUCUCUGGGCUACUUGGUGGUGUUUGGGGUGAAGACAGCUGCCACUGACUGGGGACAGCUGUUCCUCAUGCAGGAGAAAGGCCAGACUGCUCUGAUGGGCAGUACCUACACAAGUGCCUUGGAGGUAGGAGGUUUUGUGGGCAGCCUUGCAGCAGGCUUCCUCUCUGACAGAGCUGUAGCCAGGCAAGGCUUGGACACUUACGGCAACCCUCGUCAUGGCCUGCUCAUUCUCAUGAUGGCUGGCAUGUAUGUGUCCAUGUACCUCUUCAGGGUCACUAUCACACCUGAAAUUGCGAAGGAGGCUCCUGUUUGGGUCCAAGUCCUUCAUCCUGUCUCCAUUCUCAUUGGUGUACCAGAAAAAGAGAUCUGGAUCCUGUUCCUUGGUGCAAUGUUUGGAUUUUCUUCUUACGGACCAAUUGCUUUGUUUGGGGUGAUAGCCAGUGAAAGUGCUCCUUCAAAUUUUUGUGGAACCUCUCAUGCUGUUGUAGCGCUGAUGGCUAAUGUGGGGGCUUUUAUGGCGGGGCUUCCCUUCAGCACUAUUGCUAAACAGCACAGCUGGGACUUUGCUUUCUGGGUAGCCGAGGUGAUAAUGGCCAUGGCCACCAUUGGCUUCUUCCUAGCACGAAACAUGCGUACCAAAAUGGGACGAAUUGCAGAGAAAAUGGACUAAUUUAUCUUCCUGAACAAAGCCAACUGUUGAUGUCCUGUUUUGUGACGAGAUGGAAUUUGUACUACUGUACAUUAAUACAACACCAAUCUGACCAAACAAAACCACUGUCACAUACACUAAUCUUCCACUUUUUUUUCGUAUGAAUUGGUCUUAGGUCGAUGCUCAGGGUGGGUGUGAGUCAGUAAAUCACUUUAGAUUCACAAUCAGGUACUUUUGGCACACACACUUAGAGUUUUCAGGACAGUAGAUGAUAACUGAAAUUUAAAAUUUAUUGAAGUUGUAUGUGAGAAAAAAAAAACACGGACGUGAAUUUAUAAAAAGGUUUAAAUGGAUUGUUGUUGGUUUUUUUUGUUUUUUUUUGUUAAAGCGGAUGCAUGCUACUCAUUGCAUACAUUGACUUUAGUGGAGGUCAGUUCUAUCUAACUUUACUGAUGAGCCUGUAUAAUCUAGACUAUUAUUUGUCUAGGUAUUUGAACAAAUGUGGUAGCAUGUAUCAUGGUAAUUUUGCUAAUACCUCACAUAUGUGAUCAAAUGUAAUAGGCUCAUAAUUUCACUUCAGUAAUUGAAGAGUAUAUUAUUUUAUACACAUCUGUAUGUGACAUGAUGCAGAAUAACACUUUGUUGCAGACCUCUUAGGCCAUGGCAGCUUUUGUGAUCAGACAUGUUUUUAAGGAGUGAUUAACUUCAGACCUUUGCUACAGGUGUUUUUGUCACUGCCACUGGAAAAUGUGUGCAGCAGUAACUACUGGAUUGUAUACUGUAAACUUUCUUACUUUAAAAUCUGUGUUUUGUCAACACAAAUUACUUUGAUUGGAUUACUUGGAUUGUACAAUGGCUUUGAAAGAUUAAUGAUAUUUAGUAAAUAAGUAAAGUUUA